AGCCAUCGGUAGACGCGCGCAGCCGUCAUGGCAGCGGAAGAGAAGGAUCCCCUGAGCUAUUUCGCGGCUUACGGGAGCAGCAGCUCAGGCUCCUCGGACGAGGAGGAUAACAGCGAGCCGGAGGAGACAAGUCGUAAGGCCCCGGAUCCGGCGAAGUCGGCGGGCGGCUGUGGGAACAAGGCGGAGAAGCGGCUGCCUGGACCCGACGAGCUGUUCCGGAGCGUAACUCGCCCGGCCUUUCUCUACAAUCCGCUCAACAAACAGAUAGACUGGGAGAGGCACGUCGUCAAGGCGCCAGAGGAGCCUCCGAAGGAAUUCAAAAUAUGGAAGUCAAACUAUGUACCACCUCCGGAGACCUACUCUACUGAGAAGAAACCUCCCCCUCCAGAGCUGGAUAUGGCAAUAAAAUGGUCUAACAUAUAUGAGGACAAUGGUGAUGAUGCCCCACAGAAUGCUAAGAAAGCUAGGCUUCUCCCGGAAGGGGAGGAGACAGUGGAAUCAGAUGAUGAAAAAGAAGAGCAUACUUCUAAAAAGCGCAAAAUAGAACCGGGAGAACCAACAAAGAAGAAAAAAUAGAAAACAAAUGACAAGAAUUUUUGGACUGUGAAACUUUGUUGAAAUGAUUUUUUUUGGCAGAUUAAAUUGAUAUUGUAAAUUAUUAUGAAACAACAUCUCCAUGAAAGUAUAUGUUAAUUAACCUAAUGGGUAUUGGUGCAGGAACCUUCCACUGUAGAAUUCAUUUUUUAUUUAAAACUUAUAUGUAUUUAAAACUCAAAUGGUGACUUGUGAUUGUGAAAUUGACAACACUUGGAAGCAUUCCUGCUACCACAGAAUUGGUGACAUGCUUUGAGUUUCAUCCCAUGUUGACAUGCCAAUGUUCUAUGAACCUUUUAUAAAGGAGUAUAUUUUUAAAGUAAAUAUAUUGUACUGUGAACUUGUAGGGUGCUUUUCAGCAGUGUUUGUAUAGUGUAAAUAGAUCAUGGAAAUAAAAUUACCAAUAUUACUAUUACUGCAUAAGAUUAACAUUUGAAUAUUUGUGACAAGUACCCUCUUUGCCAUGUGACAUUCUGAUAGUGGGUAUUACCAUUUAGGGAGUGCCUCCUGUGUUCCAAGUGCUUUGUGCAUAUAUUAUCUCUGAUCCUCAGCUUAAUAAAGCAGGUAUUAAUAGCCUCAUUUUAUAAUAGAGAUUAAUUUAUCCACGGUUACACAGCUAGUGAGCAAUGAAUUUGAGAUUUAACGCAGGACACUUGAACUCCAAAAAUAUCACACUAAACCACCUAUCUGCCAAUCAGAAUUUAGUCCUCUUCGCUCAGGAGGAAACUCCUCUGCCCUCCUUAUUUCUGUAAUGAUCCAUACGUCCUGAAGACCAUUAAAAAUAUUACUGAAAAAAAAGUCAUCUUUUAGGAACUGCAGUUGCCAUCUCUUCCAGGUACUUUCUGUGGUAAUCAGUAGAGAUCUUCUCCCCUGAUUAUAUUACUGCACUUAUCAUAUAUGCCUUAUAUUAUGAUCAUUAAUUUCCCUGUUAAAUAGUAAGCUUGCCAAAGAUAAGGAUCUUCUACAAAGAGUUGCUAGAUGUAGCAAAUGAAAUUACGGGAUAUCCAGUUAAAUUUGAAUUUUAGAUAAACAACAAAUGAU